AUGGUGGUGUUCGGCGGCGGCAAACCCAGGCAGCGACGGCAACUGACGUUGCCAGGGGUGGUGAUGGGCGUCGCGGGGGUCAUAACCCUAGUGUACUGCGCGAUCCUGGCCACCUCCACCCAGAGGCCCGUGUACUUCGGUCAGAUCAGGAGUGGCGCGUACCCGAGGGCUGGACUGCAUGCUGCUGGGCGGUGGGAUGUACCUGCGCAAGACACUGGAGAGAACGGUGGUGCGGAGAUUUUGCAGGAGGCCUGUCGAGCCAGUUUGGUGCGGUACCACGCGGUGCUAAGCGACUGGAUAUCUGGACGCGAAAAAGGAACUGACAUCCAGGAGGCCUGGCGAAAGCUGGAGAUGGCUGAAGAAUUCAUACUGAUCGAUCCUAGCGGCCAAGAGAUGGACAAGCCAAGGAUCCUGCAGCUGCUGCUGUUAUCCCAUGGAUCCGAUUCACAAUUCCAUACUCAACCCUCUGACAUACAACUGACCUACGAGUCUCCAGAUAAGGUUAAUGUUAGAUUCCUUGAGCAUCAGCACACGAGAACAAAAGAGAGGUUAAUUCGAAGCACUGGCAUAUGCCGAUCUGUGCCCCAGGCCACAACAAAGUCACUGCAGGUGGAGUGGCUUCGCUUGGAGGAGAAACUGGAGACAGUCACAUGA